GGCGGCGGCGGGAGCGCGAACGAUUCCAUGCGCUUUGGUGGUGCGCGCGGAGGCGACGCGGCUAUUGGCGGCUCGUGCGCUCGGUAGGGGGAAGGGAGCGCGCGCCGCCCGGCCGCGUCUUGUCGCUGGCGGUGCUGCUCGGCGUCUGCAUGGGCAAGAGGAGAGCCAUGGAGCGGGAAGGAGGCCCGGUAAGUCGGUCGUGGUGGUUGCUUUGCUCGGUUAGCGACGAGGCGGCAGUGAUCUCCCAAGUUCCUUGCUCUGGUGCCAUAAUAACAUCCCACCUGCCUGCCUUCCGCUUAUGGGGAGGGGCGGGGAAGGGGUGUUCCACGUGAAAAUGGAAUACAGUAUAUUUCCCUCAUAGACGGUGCGUGCCCCCUUCCCCCUAAAAGGAGCUCGCCCCACAACCCGUGCCUCUCUUUCUCCCACCGCCCUUCUUGCUGGACCCCUGUGUGCAAGGAAAGGCACUUUUCUUUAGUCCUAAACUGUAUCAAAUAAGCUUCCUUGAAAGUUAACUCGCUUGUCUUUUUCUCUCUUUUACUUUCAAAGACAAUUGCUCCUAGUCUAGAUAGAUAGAUGGAUAGAUAUGGAUAUUGGAAGCAAUUCAUUGAAUACUUGUUACUUCCUCAAUCAAAAGGUGGUUUUUGUAAUGCUAUGUCUAUUUUUUUUACAAAUCAGAUUAUAUAUACUGUAGUGUAUUUUAUAAGUCGAUACACAAGUGUAUUUUAGUUAUAGAGGUUCUUUUUUCUAGGCGUUUUAUAUUUUCUUUAUUGGUUAUAAUUAUAAAUAAUAAUAAAUAUAGGUUUUCCUUUAGGGAAAAUAUUUUUUUUGAUGGGAGCCUUAAUGUUACUUAAAUGUUAUUUCUCUUUUUAGAAAACCAGCAUGUGGGACAAAGCUCACCACCUGCCCCAAAAUGCAUUUUACUCCUUCUGUGCUCUCCUCAGUAUGCCUUGUUUCUAGUAUCAAUGCUAUAUUUACUUUGUAUUGCUGCCCUUGACAAAAAAUAGAAAUAGACUGAAAUUUCUGAGUGUUGAAAGUGUUGGUUCCCCCCCCCCCAUUUUAUCCGUGUGACUGAUGCUCCCAACUAUGUUAUUAUGUGAAUUAUCCUGCACACAUGUAAGUUUCCUUUAAGUAUUGAAAGAUGUAUGUGAGACAGCGCUAGACCUGUUGAAAGCAUAUUGGCUAAUUACCUCCUGGCUUUGCUCUGUGUGCAAUUCGCUGCUUCUUGCUUAUCAAACAGCUUAUUAAAUUUGUAGCUGGCUGCUAUUAAAACUAAAUGACAGGUUGCAUAGUGAACAGUUAAGUAUCAAUAGAAUAAGAGUAACAUCCAGCUGUUGUUUACAGGUAGGUAGCCGGGUUGGUCUGCCGUAGUUGAAACAAAAUUAAAAAAUUCCUUCCAGUAGCACCUUAGAGACCAACUAAGUUUGUUAUUGGUAUGAGCUUUCAUGUGCAUGGAUCCAGCUACUGGUAUUUGUUUGAGCACCAUCAGUAUAGUUCAGGAGCCGCCAGUUUUGUGCCCGUGGCUGGACCGGGAUAGGUCUUCCCCACAUGGCCCCAUCCUUCCACUGAAAUUAGACUGUAGUCAGUAGAAUUAGUUUUGGUGUAUGCUUUGUUGCAUGCUAUCCAUUGACAGUUUCUCCAGAUUGGGCCCAAAGGUUGGUGAGUUCACCAGUCUGCGAUCCUGUGCAAAUUUAGAAGGGUUGUAUUUGCUAAUGCAACAUCGAUUGGAAGAUGCUAAUUGGUUAGGAGUGUAUAACUGGUUAUUCUUGGGAUUAAAGGAAUGCUUUGUGGAAGAGGGUGGAGCUCAGACAGGAAAUGGAAUUUGAUAUUUAUGAUGUGGUGGUUCCAGCUGUAGGGUGCAUUAUGGCUGGAUGAGUAGUCAUAGGCAAAGAACUUCGUGAACUCAGUAGUGAUUUGGUGGCUUGCUGGGUAAAUGGACUUAAUCAAUACAGCAUAUUGCUUGAUCCCUCACAACAAAUAUGCAAAAAAUAAUACAUGUCCUUCCUGUUGAAUAACUUAGUAUAUAAUAGCUAUUUGCUGGGGCUUUAUAUUCAUAAGAUGUAGCUUAGAUUAUUUUUUUAUUCUCCCAUAAACAUGCAUUGGACAUAGGUGGGAAAUGUCCUGAUGGUUAUACUUGCAAAAAGUGGUUAAGAUUGGACUAAUCUGCUUCAAGUAAUCUCUACUGGAUGUGGCCAGAUUUUUGUCACCCCAAAUAGUAGUGGGCUACUAUGGGUAUCUGCUGCCUGCUUGGCAUUGCAGUCUUCUUGAAUUAGAAAGAAAAACCAAGGUGGUAGGAUGUUUGACUGCACUGGCUUCCUCAGUACCGGUAGGUUGCUAAACUCACAAAGGUGCUUAACAACUCUUUCUUCUUCACUGUUUACCUCAUGUCUUUACAGAGCUGGGCUAUAGUCAUGGCCACUUACCCCCAAAGUCUUCUUAACUCACUUGUUUGCUUUGCUGGGGUUUCCCUCAUACAUUUCUGCCUACAGUGUCCUAACAUUGCUUGAAUCCAGCAAGUAGGAGGGGGAACUAGAUGUACAGUUAUCUCUCUCUCUUUUUGCCAACUGUGUUUAACAUCCUGUCUGCUUUGCCCCUAAAUUUCUGAUGUGUAGAAGGAUUGCACAGGUCAGUGGGUUUAAAAGCAUGUUCUGGCCCUCCGGGCAAUUUUAGAAAUUCUGGCAAUCCUGAAAGGUAACAUGUCUGCACUUAUGGAUUAUCUCAUAUAAUGCACUGCCUAGGAGAGGGGCAGGUGCAGGGCAUGUUUCAUGUGGUCAGUUGGGUCAGGGUGAUGUCUAGGCCCAAUGGACCAGGGUGUCACUUCAAAUGGACUUGAGAGAAGCUAUUGAGAAUUCCCCAGAAUCCUCUGCAAUAUGCAGAAAUUCCACAGCAGAUGCUCAGGAGUUCUCCGGGGAAGAUGCAUCAACAUAGACAGUGUUCCCUGAAAGAAAGAAAAAAGGGAAAAUGCUAGCAAAGAUUGAAGUUAUGAAACGUCAAAGAAGACUGAAAUGAUAUACAGUUAUAUCAUUCCCCCCCCCCCCAUUAUUCUAACUUGAUUUUGUGUACUCCUUAGGAUAUACAUCAGUUUUACUUUUUCUUCUUCUUUUUGUGCAAUUGCCCACUACUACCACAUCACUGUUUUCUGAUUGUGCCUUUUGUAAUUUAUGUGGUGCUCACUAAAGACCUCAAAAAGUCAAUCCUAAAAUUUUGAGAGUUAUCAUGACUUCAGGAUUAAAGAUUUUAAAACAAUAAAUGAACAGAGAUGCAUCUUCAUGUUGUUAGUCAUAUAUAUCCCACCUUCCCUAAUAAACUUGGCUGGACUUGACUCUGCCUUUUUAGCACCAGUUGAAAACGCUUCCAUUCUCCUGGAAUUUUAAUGGAUAUUAUUUGUUUGUCCAAUUAACUUUCUUUUUGUUAAGAACCAAAGAAGAUCUCUGCUGGAUCAGACCUAAGGCCUAUUUAGUCCAGCAUCUGAUAAUUUGCUUGUCGUUUUCUGUAGCUCUUCCAGUUUACUCUUCCACUUACUGUCUGAAAAUAUUUUCACUUGAUAUUUGAUAUGUGUUUGGUUUUAAAUUGUUCUAGUUUGUUGUUGUUGUUGUUAGCUGCUUGGGCUUAAAGGAAACAUCACAGUAUUUUAAAUAAAUAUGUAAUAUUUUAAGGGUAGCAUAUUGAGGGAGUAUGGGACCUCAUCAUUAGUGGAAGUACCGACAUUUCCUUGGCUAAUAGCCUGCUCAAAUGAUUCUGCCUCUGAUAUAUGCGAACCGAAUGCCUCUUUCCCACCAUCAUGCCUGUGGGUGUGUUUCAAAUAUACUCCGGUCUGUUUUGCUGUUAGUUGGAGUCUCCGGCCCAUUGCAAGUCCUCAUCCUUGGAGCAGAAGAAUGAGCAAGUGGAUGAUGACUUGGACCUCUUUGGGGGUUAUGAUAGCUGCCGGCGUUACAGCAGCAGUGGAGAGAGUGGCAGUACCUCCUUCCUGGAAGACUCUAGUGAGAAUGAAGCAGCAGAUCGAGAAGCUGGGGAACGGCCUACAUUGCCUCCACAGGCCCAAAAACCUACCAGCCGGUUGCCAGAUGAAAGUGGUUCUGAGCCAGGUACUUGUGUUUUGUGGCAAAGGAAGGCUGUAAAUGAUUGAAUACAAAGCAGUUUUAUUCUUUCUAGAGUGGGGGGGGGGUAGAGAUAGUUGAUGGAAUACACUACAUUUGGAGGAUGAGCCAAAAAGAAAUAUAAUAUCAGCUUUUUAACAGGGAGAGUGUGUGUGAUAUAUUAUCUCAUACAGACAUGGUGAGGGAGUAUUGCAUAUACAGAGUAUGCCUAGCCAUAUGGUAUUGCAUGAAAAAACAGUGGUGUGUAAAGAUGGAAGAAUUCAAAAUUUCGCUAUCAUGCAGUUCUGCCCACUUUUUAAAUCUACAAGGGCCUUGCCCCCAAGAAAUCAAUUUCAAACAAGCCAUUUUUAAAAAAAAGUUUGGUUAAAGAUUUUGACAUACAUUUCCCAUUAAUUCAGUGCAGUUAUGGAAACUUGUAUGUAGAAAUACUGUAUGUUAUAUUUUGACCAUAAAAUUGUGUUUGAAUUUUUACACUUGUUUUUAGUGGUAGCUUUAAAACAAUACAGCCUGAAAAUAUAUGUCUUAUUAAAAAACAUGAAAUUAAACAAUUCAAUUAUUCUAUAUUGUUUCGCAAGCAAAGCUUCUGCCCAGAAAAUUCAAAUUUUGUACUCAAAAUCCAUUUGAGAAAUAAACAUUUUUUUUUAAAAAGUACAAUCUUGAUAAUUUGUUCUUAUCGUAUUCCUGGUGUUAUGCUUCCUUAGUAAGAAGGUUUGUGUUGAGAGGAGACGUGUGCAGGGUCAGACUUGUACAAAAUCAUGAAACAGGACCAGUGCAACUCCCGCAAGGUGGGUUAUAUGUGCACAGCUGAGUGUACCAGACCAUAUCUAGCAAUUCCUCAUGAUGAGCUACAAAGCUUUCUUGAAAAUUGUGGAAUGGUGAUAUCAGAAUGGAGCUAGAUACAGUUGGGAUUACCAACAUGGUGCCCAAGGGUGCAGUGGUGCCUCCUGCUCUCUGCUCCCUUCAUCAUGAGGUGGCUUAGAUGCUUUCCAAUUUCCCCCUUGAAAAGUACACAGAAGCAAAGGAGGAAGUUGAAAGAAUGACAAUCUUUUUCACUUUCUCUUUCUACUCUGUGUGCUUUUCAAGGCUCAGGCUGACAAAUGAGAAGCUGAACAGAAAGUAGAGUGGCCUACAUAAACAUAAAAUCCCUUAUCAUUUCUCUAAAAUAUCUGUUAUUCAAAUGAAGUUGUGAAAGGAUACGAUAAAUAAAACUAAAUAAAUAACUCAGCAGAGGGCGAGUUGAGGGAAGUCCAGAGGAGGGGAGGGAGAAUAAUUGUAAAUAACAUGAUGAAUGAGAUUUGCAUCAUUAAUUGUUAUGAAAUUCAAUAAAUAUUUUAAAGAAUUAGAAAGUAGAGUGACCAAGUGGGUAGGAAGGAAAGGGGAAGUGAGCUAUGGGACUGUGCAUGUAUGAAAACGGAAUGGCCAGGAGAGAAAGUGGGGUGCCCCAGGAGAGAGAGAAGAUGGUGGCAGAGAGAGAGAGAAAGAGGGGGAGAGAGAGAAUGUGUGUGUGUGUUGGUGUAGGUGUGCUUAUACCCAGAGGACCCAAAAGCUAGCCAUCCUUUGUGUCCAAAAUGAGAGGGUGGAGUAGAGGCUCUUUCCAAUCCAUUAGGUCACAGCUUUUGUGGUGGAAUUUAUUUAAGUUACCAAAUCUAGCUUCAAGACAAAAUUCUGCAAUCAGGAGUCUAUCUGCAUUGUAACACAUUUCCUGUGUUGGAGCACUGCCAUACAGAGGUGCUUUUGGGCAGCCUCAUAGGGUGUGCUUGUGUGAUGUUUGGGUCAACCCAUGCAAUUCCUAUUGGAGGUACAGGUUCCCUCUUGAGUGCCAAGCUAAUGGAAGUAGUUUAUCUCUCUGCUUUAUAGUCAGUACUAUGCAAUGCAAUGCAGUACUGUCAGCUUUGUGCUUUUUAUCCAACUUGGUUGAUGCUCCUAGUGGCCAGUGCAAUAACUGGCACUCUCUAACUCCUUCAGGUGUGUGUCUUUGGGAUCCUAAAGCACACUAUGGGCUCUGCUCUCUCCUUCUGAUCCGCUAGUUGAAAUGCCAGGACAAGAGCAGUUUGUGUCAGUAGCAACAAAUGCCCCUUUACUUCCCCCUUUGUUGCUACCUCCCUUCUUACAUGCCAACUGGCUCUAGGAUUCCCCCUAGGUUCACCCCUUGUUUUGGGGGUGGGUGAGACAUAAACAGUUCCUCCUAGCUUGGAGGAGGAGGUGGCUCCCAGUCAACCUUAGUUUAAUCAUCCCCGUUGGCAGCCUUGGACUUUUCUGGUGGAACUGAAUUGCUUCCUGCUGCUGAGGCCUGUUGUAUUUGUGCCCCCUCAGCUGUCUGUGAGAUGUGUGGGAUUGUGGGCACAAAAGAUGCCUUCUUCUCCAAGACCAAACGUUUCUGCAGCGUCUCCUGCUCCAGAAGCUACUCUUCAAAUUCCAAGAAGGCCAGCAUCCUGGCAAGGCUGCAGGUGAGCAAGGCCCACUUAACAAGGCUGCUGUUUGCUAAACGAGGCAUGAAAAUAACAGUAAGCAGUGCUGGAGGCCUGCCAGGGAUAUUCGAAAAGCCAUUCUCCCAUGAAGCAGGGACUUUAGGUGCUAGGAGGCACCUAGCAGACAGCCACACUGGAUAACUAAUUAUUUGGAAGCAGCUUUUGGCAGGGGAGGGGAGAGUUGAGGUUGGAAAAGCCAUGCUUUCCCUAUAGAAUUGCACACCCACAUGCACCAGCAUAUUAAAGAUCACUUAGCACAGAACAGUUGCCCUUUAACUGCUGUUUCAUAUUUGCAAACAGGUUACUGAAGAGGCCCUUUCCAAUGCUUGCUUUUGUGGAGUGUGAUUUAAAAAGCAAACAUUGUCAGUGAUUGUAAUGAAAAAACACAGAGUGGUGGUUAUUCCAGAUUGACUAAUCUCUCAAAAACACACAAUCUUGUAUAAGUAAGCCUUAUUUGGAAUCUCUAAUAUUGUACAAUUAAGAAAUUGUGAAUAUGACACCAGGGGUGGUGGUUUAUUUCAAAAUUUAGAAUAAAAAGUGUGAUCUUUUGCAAGCAUUUCCUGUAUGAGAGGAGGCACCAGAAGGGAGAAAAAGGACAACCCCACUAGUUGACAGGACACAGCAUAGUUCAAAGAUAAGAGAGUGAGUUGGAGAAGAAGAGGGAUUCCUCAAAAGAAAAUGAAGGAAUCGGGUAGGUUUUAGGAAAUAAGUUAGUUCUUUCUGUUCUUGAUAUCAUUUCCUUCUCCAUAACUUGGAGUGAGCCUUUCAGGGACAGAGUUCCAUAUUUUCCAACUGUUAAAUCAUGUCGACCACUCUGAGCAUGUGUAUAAAAGGCAAGGGAAAGAUUAAUAGUUGUUUUUGUCAUCGUCUUGUGAAAGUAGCAGAAAGUUCUGCAUUGCACUCCUUUUCCGUUUGAAUGGCAAAAAGAAUUCUCUGGCACCUUUGGAAAACUGCAAAACAUACGGUUGCAUGAGCUUUCUUAGGCCAGGAGUAAUUUUGUCAGAUACAUCUGAUGAGAGAAGCAAUAGUCUUUAAAAUAUCAUGCCACAUCUCUUCAUAUACAGAUAACAAAGUUACUUCUCAUUUAGGAAAGCUACUUGUAAGCCGUUUCAGUGCCACAAGACUUUCUUGUACUCGUUAAAGCUGCCCUUCUGGUUUGAUCCAUUUAACCUGCAAAUCUAUCACAGGCAGCAAGAUUUGUCUGUCCCUUGUGUCACUGGAAGGCUAUUGGGAAUUAACAUCUCCUUAUCGUUUUGUUUUGUCUUGUCACACUUUCACAGGGCAAACCACCUACGAAAAAAGCCAAAGUCUUGCACAAGGCAGCCUGGUCUGCAAAAAUUGGGGCUUUUCUCCAUACGCAAGGGACAGGGCAGCUGGCAGAUGGAACGCCAACUGGCCAGGAUGGUAAGUGCUGGCAAGUGGGCAGAGGAAGUAAGAGGCUGUUGCUUGCUUCAAACCUCAAGGUGAAUAGGAAGUUCAUCAGAACCAUGCACAAAAGUAUUUCUGGUUGAAUAGAAUAUGCCAGCUGACAGAGAAGAAUGAAUGUAUAACCACUAUAUAGAUGUGGAUGCAAGGUGAAGGAGUGCCUUCAUGGCACAGAGAGAGAGAGAGAGAGAGAGAGAGAGAGAGAGAGAGAGAGAGUUGUGCGUCCCCUUCCUGUUUUUUGGUGGUGCGUUUCAGACUUGUUGGCCUUGUAAACUAGUCUCUGCUUUUGGAUAAGUCUAAACACGUCUGGACUGUUCUGCGCUCUCUAUAAUAGAUCUAGCUAUUUUCUCCUUUCUACUGGAUAAAGAUGUCUGAGCUCUUCGGAAACUCGCAGUGUCUUACACCAAGAGGAUGAUGCUCCAAUAGAAGAUGUCCCCAUAUCUGUCCUUGUCCUGUUGUGGCGAAUCUGUUUGCCAACCUUGAACCUUCUGUGUUGAGAUGGUCUCUUGUGUCCCCUCCCAGCUCUCAUCGUUGGCUUUGACUGGGGAGCGUAUCUGCAGGACCAUGGAUGCAAGGCUGCGCCUGUUGGCAGUUUCAAACAUGUGAGCACUCCCUACUUUCCAUCAAGCCCAUAUGUGUUGUGUUGUAGGCUCCUGAUAAGAUAAGAAGGGUCCCCAGGAAAGUGCUCAAGUAGCUUAAAUUUUGUUUUUAAACAAGAAUAUCAAAUCAAGAUGACUUUGAAUAUCCAUAUCGUAAACUGUGCUAUGAUUUCCAAAUGAUAAAAAGCUUAAUAGUAUCCUGCAAAUGGGACGCGGGUGGCACUGUGGGUUAAACCACAGAGCCUAGGGCUUGCCGAUCAGAAGAUUGGCGGUUCAAAUCCCCGCGAUAGGGUAAGCUCCCGUUGUUUGGUCCCAUCUCCUGCCAACCUAGCAGUUCGAAAGCACGUCAAAGUGCAAGUAGAUAAAUAGGUACCGCUCUGGCGGGAAGGUAAACAGUGUUUCCGUGUGCUGCUCUGGUUCACCAGAAGCGGCUUAGUCAUGCUGACCACAUGACCUGGAAGAUGUAUGUCGGCUCCCUUGGCCAAUAAAGCGAGAUGAGUGCUGCAACCCCAGAGUCGGCCACGACUGGACCUAAUGGUCAGGAGUCCCUUUACCUUUAUCCUGCAAAUGGAUCCCAAUUAGAUUUGGCAAUCAGCUUAGAAAUAUGUGAACAAUUAAAUUUAGUGUUGCCAGAAAGGGUAACAUUUAAACAAAUUGUUAGCUAACAUUAAAACUAGUGCAAACUGCUAUGACCAUAAAAUAAGUAUAAGCUGUUCUACAAUAAUGAGAAACCUACACUGUAUGAUUAACAAUGCUCUAUUCACGGCUGUGAAGAUGAACAGGAGAAUGGCCAACUUCAGACUCUCCAUCUGGUGUUGGAGGUAAUGCCCCCUUUUCUCCCACAAUCACAUUUUUACCUAGAAAGGUGCUAGAGAAACGGAAGCUAACAGACUUAAGGGCACAAAGUUCUUUGUUAAAAGCAAUUCCCUCACCUGCUCAUCACACGUGUGCACAAUAGCACAUCCGUACACACACAAGCAGAUAUAAAUUAUUCUGACAUUUUGCUAUUCUUUCUAUGCCUCCCUGUUUUUCUGCUUCAAUCUGUUCUCCACUCCAUCAUCAGGUGCCUCUUUAUGAUCAAUGGGAAGAUGUGAUAAAAGGGAUGAAGGUAGAAGUGUUAAACAGUGAUGCUGUGCUUCCCAGUCGUGUGUAUUGGAUUGCCUCUGUUGUUAAGAUUGCAGGUGGGUCUCUUGGGGGGGAUAACAGAAAAGAGUAAUUCACUUUCCUUAUUGUUAUUUGAAUGUACAUCUGCUUCCAUCUGGAGACUUGAGGCAGGCAACAUAUUUAAAAGGGAAUAAAAGCAUUAUAAAACGUUAUGUACAGUACUUACUUUUUAACACUGAUAUGCAGCUAUUCAAGCAAGUUUCAGAUCUAUUGUGCAAAACAUAAUUUAAUUUGAAAACUUGCAUUAAAAGCAUUAUUGAUAAAAGCAGCCCAAGAGAAGUAACAGAACAGAGAAUUAGCAACACAGCAAUGGAAGGCUCUCUUUUCCUUUUUAAAAGGGGAGGUUUUAGCUUGUCUAUUAAAAGGACAGCAGAGAGGAGGCUGCAUGCACCUCUUGUGGGAGGGCAUUCCAAAGAAUUGGGGCUGCAACAGAGAAGCCCCUUCUUAUUGUAGAGAAUAUGCUCACCUCCACAGUAGUUGGAAUCUGUACCAAGGCCUUAUUAGUAGAUCUCAGUUUGCUAGGGAAGUUCAUUUGGCAGUGCAGGUGCUAGAGCAGUGGUUUCCCAACCUUUUUGGUAUGGUGACUCACAAGCCCAAAUUUACCUGGCAUGGUAGGGGACCUAUUGAUAUAUUGUCAAAUGAAUUUUGGACCUCAGGUCUUUGGCAGCCAUCAGUUUCAUGCAUUCUAAAUACAUGUUUGCCUAUUUUAUUACCACUGCUUAAGCCAGGUAUAGGCAAACUUGGCCCUCCAGAUGCUUUUUGAGACUACAAUUCCCAUCAUUCCUGACUACUAGUCCUGUUAGCUAGGGAUGAUGGGAGUUGUAGUCCCAAAACAUCUGGAGGGCCAAAUUUGCUUAUGCCUGGCUUAAGACAUCCCAAUAAAAAUAAUAAAGCCUGUGACCCACUUGCAGGUCAUAACCCACAGUUUGGGAAGCAUUCUGCUAGAGCACUGGUGGAAUAGGCUUCCAGACUUGCAAUGCUGUGCUGUGUCCCAACCCAGGGUUCCAGGUGGGCCUUGAGAGCAUUCUUGGUAACAGGGCAUAACUGUAAAAGAUUUGGGGAGCUGAAUUAGGACACUAGGCUAUCUUCCCAGCUGGCAAAGUUAUUCAGGCUGUGGAGCAGCUUCCUAAAACAAGUGGUAGAAGCCCUGUGGUUGGAGGCAUCCAGUGGUCCAUACACUGAGAACAGAGUUUGUCUUGAAGGAACUUAGUUCUAUAGUUAUCAGAAAAGGAGGGUGACAGUGUUAGAGACGUAAUAAAAUGUUCUUUUGUUUUCCCUUGCUGUCUCCAAAUCAAUCCUUGCAGGUUACAAGGCACUGUUACGUUAUGAAGGCUUUGAGAAUGACUCCAGCAGUGACUUUUGGGUCAACUUGGGUACUGUGGACGUUCACCCUAUUGGCUGGUGUGCUGUUAACAGCAAAAUCCUGGUGCCUCCCCAGUGUAAGUGUCUUUGAGUCUUGACCAGCUUUGGGGGUUUAUUUAACUCACAAUUUGCAUCAUUGCCAAGUUGGAUCAUGCCCAUUAAUCCUAAAUGCUGAACGUUGGAAUACAUUGGGAACAUUAGCAAAAAGUUAUCAAAUUGCAUGUAUGCUUGUAAAUUUGACAGUUCUUACAAUAUGACAAUUUUUGUUUAGGGGACUGAGAAAGCAGAGAUGCACGAGAAACGGGUGUAUUGGGGAGUGGGGCUUUCUAGGCCAAAUAGUACAACCCCUUGUUCUAGAUGACUGUCCCACUAGGAUGUGUCAUUUUAGGGGGUAAAACUUAAUUUUUGCAAAAUUCUUCAGAAAGCAGUCUUAAAAAUAUGUUUUUGAGUGUGAGGAAUUCAAAUCUGCUAUUAUUUUUGUGAUUGGACAACAUUUAGCUUGGUAAGUCUACGUUUGAUGAAAAAACGUAUAAACUGCUUUUAAGAAAACCAAAGAAUUUUAAUUUUACCUUCCGAAAAUGUGAGGUAAUGCCUAAUAAUAAUGAUUAUGACAAUAAAAAAUAUUGACGUAUAACCACAAGUACUUGGCAAUCAUUUUAAAUUACCUCUGUGCAAUUUUACACACAUUCUAUGUACCAUGCGAAGCUAAAUUAUAUUAAUUUAACCAAAAUGUCUUUUGAAUUACCAAGUCAUCUUACAACUUUUUAGCAACCCUCAUUUUUGAAAAGUUGGAUGGCCAUUUGUCAUGGGUGCUUUUGUUGAAAUUCCUGCAUUGCAGGGGGUUGGACUAGAUGACCGUGAGGAUCCCUUCCAACUUUACAAUUCUAUGAUUCUAUGGCCUUUAAAGCCCUUUAUGGCUCAGGACCGCAAUGCCUCAAGGACCACCUCUCUCCCAGCCUGGACCCUACAAACUUUUGAGACAUUUUACUGUAAAAGCAACUGGUAAAUGAAAUAAAUAAUAAUAAGUAGUUAUUGCAGGUCAGAUAAUUUAACUGCUUGUAGUGCAGAACUUUCCCAUGUCAAAAUGUAAAGAAAUUUACUGCACUUCAAGGUGAUCUGUAGUCACCUCUAAAGUUUCCAUCAAAAAUUUAGAGCCUGUUCAGGGUGGUAGUAUGUUGAGACUCAGAUGUUGCUGAUGCUUUUGUUGAGAGACUACAGUGUUUUGAAGGAGCAAAGCAAGUUGCUGCAGGUAAUUUUGGGGGUGAGUGUAAACUGAAAGGAGGCUUUACGUUUAACCAGAGAAAAAGAAAAAUGAGGAAAUCCCUGCGUUUCAUUCAGGAAUGAAAGGCGUGCUAAGUUUAUUUUUUAAUUAAAUGAAGAUAAUUAUCCCAGUCUUCAACCACAUAUGUAAUACUGAGGGCAAUUUAUAGCAGUUAAAAAACACACUUUCAUAAUAAAACAACAGUACUGUAUUGGAUACAGAUACAACCAAGAGAGUCAUAAUGGAUAAAAACAAAAUUCUCAGAUCAAAAUAUUAUUUACCUGGGCAAUCUUAUACCUCUUUGUACAGCUAUCCAUUCAAAGUACACCGACUGGAAGGGGUACCUCAUGAAAAAGCUUGUGGGAGCCAGGACUAUCCCUGUGGAUUUUCAUAUAAAGGUGAGGGAAAAAAUCUUUCUCCCCCCACCCCCCUGCACACAGAGGAAAGAAUCAAGGCCUUUCUGCUUAUCCAUUCUUCCAGUAGCCCAAGCUGGUACCCUCACCAUGCGUAGAAAUACACCACCCAUCAUCCUUGACCAUUGCUCAUGCUGGCUGGGGCGGAUGUGAAUUGUAGUCGAAACAUCCAGAGAACACAGAGUCGGAGGCUGCAGUAGCCUAUUCAGAUUUAAUAUGGGCUGCAAGCCGUGCUGGAGCUCACCUCUGUCUGGAAGGCCUGGUGAUAUUAGUGAUAAGGGAAAGACACUUCUUCCACACCAUACAUUUAUAGCACUCUUACAGCAUUUCAACACUCACGGCUUCCCCCAAAGAAUUUUGGGAACUGAGAGGGUGCUGAGAGUUGUUAGGAUACUUACCCCUCACAGAGCUACAACUCCCAGAACCCUUAACAAACUACAGUUCCCUUGAACCCCUGGGAGAAGUUACUGUUAAAGUGAUAUGACAGUGCUUUAAAUGCAUAGUGUGGAUGUGAAUGCAGUGCACUGAAACACACAGUGUGUUUCAGGACUGAGCCGUGUCUGGGAUAAGCAGCAUUGCAUUAAGUUGGUAGAAUUUUCUUCAGAGUGUUUGGGUUCUGCCCAGUGCAUUGUUUGAUAGACAUGAACAGAAUGUGUUAGCUGUAAUCUCCCACAUUCGUGACAUGAUGUCCUUCAGUUUAAAAGACUAAAUAAAGAGCAAUUAAAACCCUGCUGUUUGGUCUGUUGCCUUCACUAGCUCACCUAAAAACUCAGUUUAGCUAUAUUUGCUGCUGGAGGGAGAGGGGCGCCCCCUGCUGGCACACUUUAGAAAGGGAUCUUUGGCCGGAAGGGAUUUUUCUUCAUAAUCUGUGCCUCUGAAUAGUGAGAUGGCGGAUUGAGGAAGAGCUUUUGCAAUUUUAGCUUCCACAUUUAAACAGGCAAACAGGCACGAACCAGUGAUGCAGGGUUGGAAUCACUAAGCAGUGUUGAUUAGUCUCUUCAGAAUGUUCAUUGUGAGAGGGUAAUUAGUGUUAUACUUCAUUAUGCCUUCUUCCCCCUCCCCCCUUUUACAAGGCUGCCUUGGCUAGAGAUGGUAUAUUAGGCUGUCAGGGGCAAGGAGACUUCCUUUUUGGGGGAGACCCAGUGAGUUACUGCUUCUAGGUGAUAUCAAGGUUGCAAUUAUUUGCACCUGUGUUUCUACUGCAAUCUGUUGGAUCUGCUUUUAAUAAAUAUGGGUAGGAUCAGGCAGAAAGUCAUUGCUGAAUAAUAAUGCUUUUCAUAUAUUUAUCCCCUCUAGAGCUUUUUCAAAGUUCAGAGUGCUUCUCAUAUAUUAUCUCAGUAAUCUUUACAACAGAUAAUACCGAAUGUUAGCCAUGUUCAGAGGAGACCCACUGAAAACAAUGGACUUAGGUCCAUUUGUUUCAGUAGGUUCACUCUGGGUAUGAGUUAGUUGGGUAUCCUCCCCCAGUCACAUUGUAUUUUUUAUUAUUAAAUAAUUUUAUUAAUUUUCAAGAAGCCAGUAGCAUUGUAAAGUAGGUCAGUUAUACAGUGGUACCUCUGGAUACAAAUGGGAUCUGUUCCGGAGCCCCGUUUGUAUCCUGAAGUAAACGCAACCCGCGUCUGCACAUGCGUGGGUCACGAUUCGCCGCUUCCGCGCAUGCACAUGACAUCAUUUUGACCGCGCAUGCGCGAAUGGCGAAACCCGGAAGUAACGUGUUCCGUUACUUCCGGGUCGCUGAGGAGCGCAACCCGAAAGCGCUCAACCUGAAGCAACUUCAACCCGAGGUAUGACUGUAUCCACAUAUGGCAGAUUUGUGCAGGGGACACGAGAGUCUGGUUUGCCAGAGUUCAUGCCAGAGUUGCGAUUUAAUAAUAAUAAUAAUAAUAAUAAUUUAUACCCUGCCCAUCUGGUUGGGCUUCCCCAGCUCUGGGCGGCUUCCAACAAAAUAUUAAAAUACAGUAAUGCAUCAAACGUUAAAAGUUUCCCUAAACAGGGCUGCCUUCAGGUGUCUUCCUGGUUCGUAGCUCCAUCUCCUGGUUUACAGCACUUUGUUGGCUAAAUCUGCUUCUGCCACAGAUGUGGGGCAUGACCCAUUAACACAGAAUGUGAAUCCAAGGAAGGUUCUGGAAUUUUGACUGAGACUCCCCCCACAGCAAAACAGUCAGUGUGGUAUUAGGGUACCUUGGGCAAGCCUCUCUCUCUCUCAGCCUAGCCUACCUCACUGGGUUGUUGUGAGGAUAAAGGAGGAAGAACCAUGUAUGCUGCCCUGAGCUUCUUGAAGAAAGGGCAGGAUACAAAUGUAAUAAAUCAGGUUAGAUUGUGGUUUUAUUUAUCUAAAUGCUCUGGGCGACACAAAAGUGGCAAUGGCAGCAUUCACAUAACAUAAUAGUUAAUGGUUUAGUAUGAAUGCAGAGAAGGCGCCUGCUUUACUUCUUCAUGAUCAGGGCCAACAAACCCUGGCCCCUGGCUUAAUACUGCAUCGGAACUGGGGAGUCAAUCAAAUGAGUCCAGAAGCCAAAAUUUAUUCAGAUGUAUUACUAAACCAAGGACCAUGGUUCAUGACUCCCACUCAAGCUAGAGAAGGAGUGAAGUAGGAGCCAUGUCUGCAUUCAUGCUAAACCAUUAACUAUGGGUGUAUGACCUGGGCUACUGAAAGUGUUUGAAAAAAAUCCAGUCUGAAUGGAUGGCCGAAUGCUUUUAUGUUGACAUGGAGGCAUCAGCAAUUGGGGGUUUUUUGGAUUCAUGCGGCAUCCCAUGUUAAAGAAGAACUGCAAGGCUGCACUCUAGAGGAGGAAGCGUAAAAGUGCAGAGAGUUGCGCAAUCCCUGUGGUGGAGAGUCGCAGACAUGGAACCAGCAGAGCAUCUCUCUUCUUGUUUACUCAGAUGACUGAGAACAUGAAGUAUCCCUUCCGCCAAGGCAUGAGACUGGAAGUGGUGGACAAGACCCGUGUUUCUCGGAUACGUGUGGCUGUCGUGGACACCGUGAUUGGUGGCCGCCUGAGGCUUCUCUAUGAAGACGGGGACAGCGUUGAUGAUUUCUGGUGCCACAUGUGGAGCCCCUUAAUCCACCCUGUUGGCUGGUCUAGAAGGGUUGGCCAUAGCAUAAAGAGAACGGGUGAGGAUUUACAUAGGAGAAAAACUACUCUUCUACUUGAAGUAUAUAUUUUAACCUUUCAAAUUGUUGCAGAUAGAAUGUAUUCCUUCCUUUUAAUGAGAUUGGAGCACAUGAUGUGUUAUUUGACGGUUUUUAAGAUGAUGAGAAUGUUUGAAAUGUAUGCUGUGGCAAAUAAACAAUUUUUAAAUGGAAGAAGAAGAAGAAUUUUCCUUGCCAAAAGAUGACCGCUAACUAGCAAAUUCGAGGUGUCUUGUUUCACUCUUUCUUACUUUCAAUAUCCUUUUAUGUCUUUCCUGGAAGAAAAAUCUAAUGACAUGGCACACCACCCUACCUUCCGGAAGAUCUACUGUGAUGCUGUUCCAUAUCUCUUCAAGAAGGUGGGAAAGGUUUAUGGUCUCUUUCUUUUCUUUGGUCUCCAAGUGAGAUGGGAUUUGCACCAUUUGGGGGAUUGGUGGUUUAUGGAGCUCUUGAAAUCCCUCUCCUGCCUUGCAAGGGACUAGCUGUUGUAGCGCCCAAGGAGCUCAGUGUUCUAUGAACCAGUCGGGGGGGGGGGGCUUCUCUGUGGUGGCUCUCCAUAGAAUCACUUUGCCCUGGAACUGAGACAGGCACUAGAACUGUUGGUGUUUCAGCACCUUCUGAAGUGCCUCUUCCCAGGCUUUUGCUGAUGCUUAGUUCUUUAUAGUUUAGUUCUGUAUACCUGCAGGAGCGUCUCCACCCCCAUUGUUUAUCCCAGACAUUGAGGUCCAGCUCUGAGGGCCUUCUGGUGGUUCCCUCACUGCAAGAAGUGAAGUUACAAGGAACCUGGCAGAGGGCCUUCUUGGUAGUGGCACCCAACCUGUGGAAUGCCCUCUUGUCAGGAAAUAAACAACUAUCUGACUCUUAGAAGACAUCUGAAGGCAGCCCUGUAUAGGGAAGUUUAUAAUGUUUGGUGUUUUACUGUGGUUUUAUAAUUUGUUGGAAGUCGCCCAGAGUGGCCGGGGCAACCCAGUCAGAUGGGCAGCAAAUAAAUAAAGUAGUAGUAGUAGUAGUAGUAGUAGUGGAGGUAUUGUUAAUUUGCCCUCAAUUGCUGCUGCAUUUUAUUUUUCAAAGAUUUAACACUGUUUUACUUUGCUUAAUGGAUUGCUGUCUUUUUUCUGUUGUGCUUUGAGAUGCUCUUUAAAAGACAGUGUAUGAAUAAACAAAUUACAGUGUUGAGCUAUUGGGGAUAGGAUACAGGACCUGCGUGAGUUGAAAGCAAAACAAGGAUGGCUUGCAGCAAAAAUACGGGGAAGACUUUCUGUGGUUGGAAAGAGUCAUUCCACUUUUGAAGGACUAGACCUUGGAGGAAGCUUAAGCAAUGGGAGAUGUUGUCUUUCCCUUUAUCGUGCUUAUCCUACUUGGCCUUGCAACCAUGCUGUGACGUAGGUCACUGCUGUUCUCGUGUAUCAGAUAAUUAACUGAGAACAAGAGUGCUGCUUCCCCAAGGCCAGCCAGCAAAGCUGGAAAGCAAUUUGAACUCCUACGCCCCAAUCACCAAGGUCAGUCUUUCUAGUCACCCACACAUGUCCCUGCAUGUGUUUUAUUUCUUUAUCACCAACUUCUUUCUCAUCCGUAAUCUCUUCCAGGUGCGCGCUGUCUACCCAGAAGGUCGCUGGUUUGAGGAAGGCAUGAAACUGGAAGCCAUUGACCCUUUGAAUAUGGGCAACAUUUGUGUGGCUACUGUCCGUAAGGUAUGCCGGUCUGGUCUGAAAAGAGGGAGCGGCUGCUUCAGCCAAGCACAACGCUUUCAAGGAAUUGGGAGUUAGACUUUGAAGGAAGAAAGGAACUGCUUUGGGGUUGUUGUUUUCUUACAAGGAAGCGGUGUAUAAAUUUUUAUGAAAUAAAAAAUUAAGGCUCUAAUUUAUAUACCUUAGAGCCAACUGAUUUGGGCCAGUGGGCAGAUUUCGAAUUUUGAGAAAAUGUUGGAGGCAGCAGUCACAAAAUAGCGGCUAUGUGCUAUGAGUCUGCUUUUUAAAAAUCUAGUAAUGCUUGUACAGUGUUGAUGGGAUGUUCAAAUCACACACAUGUGAGUGCAGAUCUUGGUUUUUGAAAGAAAAGCAAGUUAUAAAUAUUUUAAAAAUAAAUGAGUGAGAAAAUUAAGAGGAAAGUAUGUUAUAUUUAGGCACUUAACACCAUAGAGUGCUCCAGCUCUUCUCUCUGUUGAGUUUAGAAACUGCUAUUAUGAAAUACUUUAGAACAACCUUCAGGUUCGCAUUCUCACCCCUGGCCUGUCUUUCAGGUCCUUUUAGAUGGCUAUCUCAUGAUCGGCAUUGAUGGUGCAGCCUCUGAGGAUGGUUCUGAUUGGUUCUGCUACCAUGCUUCCUUGCACUCCAUUUUCCCUGUCAAUUUCUGUAAGCAGAACAACAUUGAACUGACGCCUCCGAAAGGUGAGGACCCCAAGCUCUCCUUCUCUUUGUUUGCUUCCGUGGCAGAUUGAGCUCCUUCUCUGCAAAAUAGAAUGCUAAGAAAGCCUUGCUUAUGUUAGACUAUAAGUGUGAAACCGACAUACUCUGUUUCUUCUUUGCCAUCGAGAUGGCGAUCUCUGUUGUUCUUCCUGCCCAAGAAAAUGGGGAGUUUGGCUGGAAUUCAGUUUCUGUCUUGCAAUCCUCCUGCGUUUGCUCUGAAUAGAAUGCCUGCCUCUGAAUCUUGCUGUUUCCAUGCUUCUCUUUUGGGGGCAUCGGAGGGCUAUACAAAAGCCUGGUGUUCAUCCUUUCCUGCCUCUGCACUCCUCUGGAAACAAGAACUACUUGGUUUUCUGAAUAGCUAUUGCAUUGUGUUCUGUCUGAUCUCCACUCUGGAAAGCAAACGUUGUUUUUGCUUUGCCCCACUGUAACUGGCAUUGGCUGCUUCUUGGACAAAUAUGUGCGAGGGGAUAGGCAAUAACUUGCAUGCUUCUCCUGCUCCUUCUGGUUGUGGUGUUUAUGAGGGGGUUGUUUCAUUCCGGUAACAUCCCCCCCAAACUUCAUACUUCAGGGCAUGAUGCCAAGACCUUCAAUUGGACAAGCUAUCUAGAAAAGACCAAGUCAAAGGCUGCACCAGCACAUCUGUUCAACGUGGUAAGUACCAUGUGGAAGGGCAAGUUCACAAAGGCACCAGCAUCACCCUAAACUAGUGGCUCUGUUGUUGAGAAGCAAAUGGCCUUAUGAGAAAUGCCAUUAUAUACAGUGCAGAUACAAGCAUACUUAUGAAAUAUUGUGUAAAGUGUUUCCCUGAAGCUACAGAAAAUGGCAAUCAGAUUUAUCAAGGGUUGUGAAUGGCUUCCCUAAGUGGAAAGGUCCAAGUGUCUGGGAUAUUUUAGUCUAGAUAGGGAAGUAAGAUUCAUUUCGUACAUAGAAUUUCAAUAAUCACCCUUGACAGUGUGCUUUGCUGAAAAGAGAUCAAGAAGACUGCACUCUGCAGCUGAGUCAAAUCUCUCAUUUAUAACCUUGGCAUUGGUACUGCUAACAUAAAUGUGUUGGGCUCCCCCCCCCCCCCCCGGUUUAAAUUCCUUCCUUGCCUCAUUACAAAUAUCAUUUCUGGACACUCAUACUGUCCCUCAACUUAAACUGCUAAGCUUCCCCAGUAGAAUUAGCUCUUUAUUUAUUAAAAUAUUUAUUUAAUAAAAAAAAUUUACAGCCCGCUCUGUGUGUGUGUGCGUGUGCGCGCGCGCAUACACUUAAAAAUUUAAAAUCAGAGAGCAGCAUGCAGAAUUUGGAUUUCUGAGGACAAUAACGUUGAGUGCCUUCAAUAAAUAAAUGGAAGGAAGGAAGGGAGCCCUCAUGGAUGUAUAUUAUUAUUUGAGGUUGGGUAUAUCGUGCUGCUCCUUUUCCCAGGAUUGCCCAAACCAUGGCUUCAAGAUGGGUGCCAAGCUAGAAGCAGUAGACUUGAUGGAGCCCAGGCUUAUCUGUGUGGCCACAGUGAAGCGAGUGGUACAUCGGCUCCUCAGGAUACACUUUGAUGGUUGGGACAGCGAAUAUGACCAGUGGGUGGACUGUGAGUCCCCAGAUAUCUAUCCUGUGGGCUGGUGUGAGCUGAUAGGCUACCAACUGCAGCCCCCAGUAGCACCAGGUAAGAGAAUGUAUCUUCUUUUCAUCCAGCAUCACCAGUUUCACUCAAGGUGUGUUGGUGGCAAUCUGACCUAUUCCUUCUCUUACGAGAAAGAGGUACCUUCCACCUGACCCACCCUAUGUCUUUAUUGCAUAGCAAACCUGGACAUGUUAAAGGCUGGGAACCAGAAUGGGCAGGUUCAGUAGCUGAUGAGGAGCUGAAGCUGAAAUCAAAACAACAGGAGCCCCCUAUUUUGAGGGAGGGAGGAUGUUUUCAAGCAGAAAUGGUCGUUAAACUGAUUCUGCUCUCAAUACCAGCUCCAUAUACAUGCAGCUCAUUCAGUGAGGACUAGAGCAGCCUUUUGGCUGUGUUCCUCUACCUUUGAAUUACCUUACUCUGAGCCACUGACGUUCUUUACAAGAUGAAAUCAUUGUGAGGCCCCAGAAUAAAAUUUACAAAGGUAGCAAACUUGGGGGCUUGUGGGAGACUAGACAGAAAAUUGUCCUUCUCUGUCUCCUCUUAUCUUUUUAUACAAAGUGUUCUGAGCCUGUUAAACUAGGAACUAAUCAUGAACCCUCCUGCUUGGAAACCGCAUGCAGCUGUGUCUUUAUACUUAGCUACUGCUUAACAUCUCCUGUGUCCUGUGUAGCUUCUGAUUGUAGAUCUGUUUCCUCGGUGGCAGAGCCUAUGUCACCAGUGCCAGCUAAGGAGGUGCCGAAGAAGAAGCGAAAGCCAUAUGGAAGGAAAAGUGAGUGGCAAUUGGAACAACCUUGUCUCUAUGAUUCAUCUUAAUAACAAAGCAAAUAUUGCAAGGUUUGAUACUAAGGCAUAAGCCGGCUGCAGAUAGUAUGCUGCCCAGAACUACCAGAGCACAUGCAAGGAACAUUAAGGUACAGAAGAUGAGGGUGGAACAUUUGCCUGGACUAUCUUCUGUGAGGAUAGCAUUGCAAAAUGGAGUAGCUUGAAAUGUGGAUGAUGGGACUGUCUGACAGGGCAUGAAAUGGACUGCCUCAUCAUUAGCUUGUGCCUUGGUCCUAUGCAUUCUUGCAAAUUACUGUAAGCUGUCACUAUUGGAAUUGGGAUUCUCGAUUGGAUGGACCACAUAUAUGACUUGGCUCUAUGACAGGGAUGAGGAACCUGUGAUUCUUCCAAUUUUGUUGCACUACAAUUCCCACCAUCCCUUUUAUCAUCCCAUUGUCCCUCUGUCACCCAACCUGAGCCUUAAAGGAGCAUGCCUUUCUUAUGCUGCUGGUGAGGAUGGCUUGCUGUGAGGUAACGCCGAAUAGGGCCCUUCUCUGUAAUACCAAAGAUCAUUCUACAAGGAGCUGCCAGGUGACUGAAUCUGUGACCUUGUUUGCACAGAACAUGAGCUAUGGCUCUUCAAGAAUUGUGGCUACAACAAUUGUGUUUGAAACCCUGAACGUCUCUUACUAAAAGGGUCUCUGUUAACAUGGUGGGAAAUGAGCUCUGGCUGAAUAUCAGAUGACUGUAGUGGGCUAAUUGAACCAUUGGCCUGAUGGCCAACGCCAACUAAAUAUACUAAACAUAUGAGAGCCAGUGUGGUGUAAUGGUUAGAAUGCUGAACUAGGAUCUAGGAGACUGGGGUUCAAAUCCUCACUCAGCCAUAAAGCUCACCCUGUAAUUUAAACUAAACAAAAAUGGCGAUCAGUAGCACUUGUGUCAGGGUUGUAACGGUGUGUUUAGAGAAUGGUUUGAUUGUUCAGCAUCCUGCUAAGUUCACUGAGUGGCCUAACCUAUCUUGCGAGAUUCCUAUGAGUCUUCAUUCUAGCUCUCUUUGAAGUAGUCAACCAGUGUCUUGAGUAAUUUCAGCUGCACUGAGAGCUCACUUGACUGAAUGCUGCUGCCAUACAAAAAAACAACAACCCUUCACAACAAGAUGUUAAUAUAAAAAGCAAAACAGUCACAAAGGUGGGUUUUCUUAUAACUGCCUCUCUUCUGUAUACAAAGGGAAGAAGAUGACUGCUAAAGCCCGUUCCAUCAAGCAAGCAGCAAAGAAGACGGCUGCCCCCGAAGUAAAGAAGAAAGCACAGGCUGCCAAGAAAAGGGCUGCCCCUAAAGCAAAGGAGGGCACACAAACUGCAAGCAAGACCUCCCUGAAACCAGCUUCUGAUGAAAGUAAGUUAAAAGGGGUGUCACUUAUUCCUACUUUUUUGCUGCCCCCCCUUUAGUGGGAUUGGAGAUGGGAAGGUGGUGGUUGUGUAAAUUAGCUAUUUUCCUGCUCACCAUUUCCAGUGCAGAAUCUGCUUGCUGUAUCAAACGUGUUGGGUAACAGACUCUCCAACGGACAGAUCUCACUCCUCUGUGACUGUAAAAGCGGAUCUAUAGAAUCGUUAUAUCAUAUAAUCUUCUGUUGUCCAUUACAUUCGGCUUCACGGUCCAAGUUUCUGGCCCCAUAUUUAUCGAGAAUUGCUGACAGUCCUCAGGAAGCCCAAAUAAUAUACUUAUUAAACGACGAAGAUACAAGUAGAUCCCUUGCAAUCGCUAGAUACCUGAUUAAUGUUUUAUUUCAAAAGAGGAGAAAUGGAUCACUGUAUGUUUCUGACAGCUUAGCUAAACUUAAGAACCAUCAAUAAGUGCCAGAACUAAGACGUAUACCCCCCCAAAAUCUGAUGGAUCGGAAUUGCGGUUUACAUAGAGGGAGCUUAUUGUGUAUAGUGUUUACUUAACUAAAGUAAAAUUGGUUUUACAAGGGUGUUUUAACUUGGAACUGUUUAAAUUGUAUUGUUUAUGGAUAAAUUCUGAUGUAUUGUUUUUGAUAUGGGCCAAUGGCCGCAAUAAAUCUAAAUCUGAAAUCUGAAAAUCUGCUUGCUGUUGUAGGAAAAUCCAGUCACAGGUCUCCCAGUCUUGGUACAUAUGGGUGCAAUUUACCACAAGCUUUUGCUAUUGCUUAUUAAGAAAUAAUGUGUAUGUGCAUGCUCUGAGGAUUGUGUCUUGCGAUGUCAAUGUAGCACCUCUCUCUGUUUCUUGCAGUUGUUGCUGUGGAGGUGAAAGAAGAAAUUCUUGACGAUUCAGCAAUGGAACUUGAAGCCCCACCGCUACCAGUACCAAUCAGCAGCUUAAAGGAUGAAGAUAUGGACAUGGAAUCCCCACUGAGUCCUAUGCCAGGCGGCUGCUUAAAGGAUAAGGAUAUUGAACCAGAAGCUCCAGCAAGCUCUGCGCUGCUCAGCUGCUUAAAGGAUGAAGUCAUGGAACCAGAAGCUCCAGCAAGCCCAGUAUUGAUCAGUUGCUUAAAGGAUGAAGAUGUAGACUAAAGCUUCAUGCAACAAAGUGACUUGAUGUUCUUUUGCCACAGUCCUUGAAGAAAUCAGAAAAAUGCUGGCCUCAUUUGCGGGGGCAUGGACCACAGUUUAUAAAGCUGUAGUUUUUUCAUAGUUGAUGGAUCACCUCAAAAUAAAAAAGGAAAAGCUCUCAAAACAAAUUCCACUUAAUUAUGUAAAAAGGCAAGCCCACUAUGCCUUUCUGACUGGCAUGGCAGGAGCCAAGGAUGAACUUCUCCAUUUCAGAUCUCUGUAGGGAGGUGCUUCCAGUCAUUCUAAACUUGCAUCAAUUGAGCCAGAAUCUAGAUAAGUGCCAAUCCAGUAGAGAACCACAUCCAUUACAUGGUACAGUGGUACCUCAGGUUACAGACACUUCAGGUUACAGACUCCGCUAACCCAGAAAUAGUACCUCGGGUUAAGAACUUUGCUUCAGGAUGAGAACAGAAAUUGAGUGGUGUGGCGGCAGCGGGAGGCCCCAUUAGCUAAAGUGGUGCUUCAGGUUAAGAACAGACCUCCAGAACGAAUUAAGUUCUUAACCUGAGGUACCACUGUAUUGGGAACUGCUCUCCCAAAUUAUCUCUGUCUUCCUCUGUGCUACAUUGUUUCUUCCUGCCAUUUUGGCCGCAGAGUCUAAGAAGGCACAGGACACAUGAAAUCAAAUUACAUGUGAGCCCAAUGCACUCUGGAGCAUCACAUUUUCCUCUGUGAGGAGUAGGAGUAUACACUUGCCCCCCCCCUUUGUACUAUGAACAGAAUGAAUCAAUUCUUUGACAAUAAUGAGAGGAGAAAAAUGUAUUGCAACCCUUUCUGUAAAUAAAACUGCAUGUGUUUAUUUUGCCCUUUCGUUGAAUAAACUCAGUCAGAAAACCCU